UGGUCGUGCCUAUUAAAGAUUUAUCCCCGGAGACGUCCCACAGCCUGGCCCCAUCAACUCGGUAUCCGCCAGCAGUUGGGCAGACCUGCGCGUUGUUUCCUCCGUCUCCGAUCGGCACCACAGCAAAUCUUAUUUUCAACAUGGCAGCCAAGCUGGUCCUAGCUGUGGCGCUCCUCUGUCUUGGUGGCGUCUUGGCCAAGAAACAGUGCGGAGAAUGUGACCGUGACGCCUGUCCGAAGCCGGACUGCGGGGUGGAGAUCAGGAUGCCGGAUGAGUGCGGUUGCUGCGAAGUCUGCGCGAGGCUCGAAGAUCAAACUUGCGGAGGGAAAGACUGGCAGGAGGGCCGUUGUGCCUCCGGUUACCACUGCUCUGUAAACCCUGACGAGAAUGAGGAGGAGACCCGUCGCGGGAAGUGUUACUGUAAGUACCCGUACCGUGUGUGCGGGUCUGACGGGAACGACUACGUCACCUACUGUAACCUCAGGUUCGCCUCCUGGAGCAGCAAGAACGUGGGAGGACCCAAGAUCCACAAGGUGCACAAGGGAUACUGCAAGUUCGCCCCGAUCAUCGCGACCCCGCCCUCCCCCAUCCGUAACACCACCGGCUCCUCUGUGUUCAUGAGCUGUGAAGUACGGGCUCACCCCACCGCCAGGAUCACAUGGAAGUUCAGGAAAGAUGAGGAUGCCGAGCCCGUGGAACUGCCCGGUGACGCCAGUAACGUCGCCUGCAGCUACCGCGGAGGACCCGAGAAGAACGAAGUCACCGGAUGGGUGCUGAUCGAGCCUCUUCAGAAGGAGAAUGACGGCAUCUACGAGUGUUACGCCGAGAACGAGUUCGGCAACGACUCCAGCUCGGCCACCGUGGAAGUGGAGGGCGACGAGUUAUAAAGUUACAUUCACAAAUAAACGUUUCCUGACCCGUAGUUUUCCUUUGCACAGCACGUGUAUGUCGAUGAAUGGAUUCUUACUAUCGUCGAGUUACAGAUAUUGGGGAAAUAAGAAACGCAUUCAAGGUGUUGGUAGAUUAGAACACCGUACAAGGUUACUAACGAUCAUCACUGUGUGUCAAUAGAUAGACGUGUCAUUUAGGAUGGAAUGUAUUCGUUCUGUGUGUCACUGUGUAAGGCUGACCAAAUCCCGGUGUUUAAGGGAAGUAGUUCUGAAUUCCAGGGUAUCUCAGGGGCCAGAAUUUACCCUGGAAUUCAAGCUAUACAUGUACAGUAAACUGUCACAGUUCUGCAAAGCUUGCCUUCAACUUCAACCUACACAUUUGUAUGGAUCUAUUUUUACACAUUUUUUAUUGGAUUGAUCAAUGAGUGUUACCCAAUUCUACUUCUUAAGUAUGGCGGAAGGGCAUCGCAAUAUUGUCUUGUCGAAAGCUCAUCAGGCCAUCCCACACAUUUUCUACAUGGUUUUGUUGGAGUAAAACUUAAGGUAUGUAAAUAGAUUAGCUGUCACUGGCAAAAAUGUGGGUGUGCCAAAUGAAGGUGAUAAACAGUGCUAGUGUUAUCAUAUACUACCUUCUUGUGAAACCAUUUGGGGUAUCUUAGUUGAAGUAAUAAUAAAAGAAGCAGAUUAUUA